AUGAAUGCGAAGGCAGAGGCGGAGCAUGAUCCCACAGUCCGGACCUUCACCAACUGGCUGGCCGAGAUGAAGGUCCAAAACAACAGGACCGUGCAAGAGAUUCUUUCCGAGACGUCCAUCAUCCGCGACAGCAUAACGGCGAACAACAUGGAACUGACAGACUUCAAGCGCCAUUCAAGCAGUAUUUCCCAACAGAUGCAGUCUCAGCUCACCGACCUGCGAGAGAAGUUGACCAGUGCCUUCGGGGAAAUCACGGCUUUGGUGAAGCAGAAGACACAAUCCGACUCGGAGAUGAUGCAGGAUGUGAACACACUGCAGCAGAACCUCUCUCAGAAGACCUACGAGCUCGAAGCUCUCAAGAAAUCCUAUUCCCAGGCACACCAGCACUUACAAAGCUCCCUCAUCCAGAUGCAGAACCAUUUGCAAGUCACUCAGAAUGAGGUGAGUACGGCCAAGUCUUCUUGUGAGCGUGUGCAGCGGGAAAGCACACAACGGUUCUCGCAGCUGGAAUCCAGCCUCAAGUCGAUGACGGAGGACUACAGCCGCGGGACAGGGGAGGUUCAUAAGCAGAUGCGGCAGCAACUCGGACUCUCAACAAGCUCCGCGAGCUACAAGAGGUUUUGCGAGCGACUUUGCCACGGCUCACGACGUUCAGUGUCUCCGCGGCUCUGCUGGGUGCCACCGUUCCGGGAAGAUUAUUGGGUUUUCGUAAGUCUUCAGAGAAGUCAGUGUCAUCCCUGA